UUCCCAUUUCUCUCUCGCUUUACUUCUCUUCUCUCCACCACGAACCACCGUCCACUCUCCGGCGAACUCAAUUCCGGCGACUCUCCGCUAUGUCUCAAGAAGUAGAAUCAAGCGUGAAGCCCGCACAAUCCAGUUAUGUGAAAAUCUGGGAGGGAAGCUUAUUUGGGCAAAGACAAGGACAGCCGGUAUUCAUCACCAAACUUGAAGGUUACCGUAAAUCUUCUGACUCUCAGAUACUUGCAGCAAAUUUGCCCCCUGUAAUGCAAAUAGUUCGGCUUCUAUCUCAAGACCACAUGAAACAAAAGCAAUAUGUACAAAAGGCAGAUUUCCUUGUUUUUCGGUCAAUGGGCCCUCAUGUAUUUUUGGAUCUACUGCGGGAAAAGGAGCUGUAUGCAGCUAUUCAAUUACCAUCCCAGACACUGAUACUAUCUGUUUCUGACAAAGCUUGCCGCUUGAUUGGGUUACUUUUUUCGGGGGAUUUGGCUGCAUUUGAGCCAUCCAGUCAAGAGCAGCAACUAAUGCAACAGCACCAACAGAUGCUAUCAUAUUUUCAACCCCAGCAGCAGCUUCUUCCUCACUUGCAGCUACAGCAGCAGCUCCAACAACAGCAACUUGCACAGCUCCAACAACAACUCUCGCAGCUGCAACUUACACUGCUCCAACAGCAGCAACUAACACAGCUCCAACAACAACAACUUGCACAACUCCAACAACAACUGGCGCAGCUGCAACUUACACAACAUCAACACACACAACUCCAGCAACAACUCUUGCCGCAGCAGCAGUUUCAACAACUUCCUCAGCAUCAACAGAUGGUUGGGGAAGGAAUGGGUCAAAAAACCUAUGUUUAGUAUAUCACAAGGAUCAAUGAACAUUGGCGGUGAGGGGGCUUCAUUAUUUAGCUCAAAUUUGUAUAUGGAUUUCUCUCAACUGAGGCGGAUUAUAUUUUGUUGAUAGGUUCAAAUCGCAAAUUAACAUAGUAUGGCCAUAUAAUUUCCUCGGCCAUUUAGCCAUUAAAAAACUGAUAGACCAUAUUCAUAAAGCAUGUUAAAAAGUUUUUGAUGAUAGCUACAAAGUUGUGAAAAU